AUGACCAGCCAAGGCGUCGUGGAACGUGCCAGCGCCGAACUGUCGAAGCGCAUCAACGGACUGACGCUGCGGGCUGCCAACAAACCAUCGACUUCCGGCGGAGGCGGUAACGCGGCCGGCACGACCGGUUCGCCGUCCCGGGCCCCGCGAACUGGUACCAGUGUCAUGGAACGGGUCACCAACGUGCUGUGUGGUGGCGGUACCGGCGGAGGCGGCGGUGGUGGACUAAUUUCUGGAGGCUCCGGUUCCGGUGGCAUCCAGUACCCGCGGUUCCGCGGCCGGACGCCUGUUCGCAACCGCGUGGCCACGUACCGGAUCAAGCGGCCGGUCACGUGGCCAGAGAUGAUGCGCGACGAGCAGUUCCUCAACGGUUUCUUUACGUACUUCUCGGCCGCGGAGCGCGUGCCGCUGUCCCGCGUGUGCGUCCGGUGGCGCGACGUGCUGUACAGAUCGCCAAAGUUCUGGUACAACGUGCGGCCGGUGAUCCGCUGCAAACAGCUCAGGUCAUACAACUACGCGGAUAAGGCGGCCGUGUUCAAGUCGUUCGUGGCCAGAGAGAUGACGGCUAUCACCAUUUACGGCGCCCAGGACCAGGACACGGUCGAGUUUGUCAACACGUACCCGUUUCCCAACAAAAAUAUAUUGGCGCUGUGCUUGCAGUCGUCCAGCGUCACCGACAGGGGAUUGGAAUCGUUCUUAGACCAUUUGCAGGGUGUUUGGCAACUGGAGCUAGUCGGGUGCAACGAGAUCACGGAGGCCGGCCUAUGGGCAUGCUUGACGCCCAGAAUCGUGUCGCUGACCCUGAGCGAUUGCAUAAACGUGGCCGACGACGCGGUCGGCGCCGUGGCUCAGAUGCUGCCAGCCCUCAACGAGUUCACGCUGCAAGCGUACCACGUCACCGACGCCGCCUUGGGAUUCUUCUCGUCCAGGCAGUCCAACAGCCUGUCCGCGCUCAGGCUGCAGUCGUGCUGGGAGCUCACCAACCACGGCAUUGUAAAUAUUGUUCACUCACUUCCCAAUCUUACUGUACUGAGUUUAUCAGGCUGCAGUAAAAUCACCGAUGACGGGAUCGAAUUGAUCGCCGAAAAUCUGCCAAAAUUACAAAUCUUAGACUUAUCUUGGUGUCCUCGUGUCACCGAUGCAGCCCUCGAAUACAUUGCUUGUGAUUUAGUUGGAUUGGAGCAGUUGGUCUUAGACAGGUGCAUACACAUAACUGAUAUUGGUAUAGGGUAUAUAUCAACAAUGAUAUGUUUACAAGCGUUAUUUCUACGUUGGUGUUCACAACUUCGAAAUUUCAGUAUACAACACUUAUGCGGCAUGCGACAUCUAAGGAUACUCUCACUUGCUGGUUGUCAUUUGUUAACCUCCAGUGGUUUAUCCAGUUUAAUCCAAAUGCGACAUUUAGAAGAAUUAGAACUGACAAAUUGUGCUGGAGCAUCGCCGGAAUUAUUGGAAUAUUUGCAUGAACAUUUACCAUCAUGUUUAAUUGUCAGAUAG